AUGGCGAUGACCCCACUGUACAAACUACAGCUGUUGCCCUCUGCAUGUCAUCCGCAGAAUAUGUUUGCCCAGUUUGGAGCAGUAGAUCGUCCCUACCACAUAGGCAAUGGCAAUCCGCUGGAGUAUAAUGACUUCCUGAGAACCUUCCAACAUAGCGUUGAAGAAAAGACCACCAAUCCCAAAACAGGCUGUACUAUGUACCUUGAACAGUACACAAGAGGUGAGGCGAACGCCAUGGUGCGCAGCUGCAUGUGUAAUGUGAAUGCUGAGGCAGCAUACGUAAAAGCGACAGAAAUGCUGGAGCAGGCCUUCAGGAAUAAAUACCGCAUCACAGACGCCAUAAUAGAAAAAGUAGAGGACUGGCCGGAUAUAAAGGCUGAUGAGGUAGGAAAACUGACCAGCUUCUCUUUGUGCCUUAAAGAGUUGCUUAACACAGCAAGAGAUCUAGAACAAUGCCACAAGAUAAAUAGUUCCAACAAUAUCAGGAUGGUAGUGUCCAAGUUGCCGUACUGCCUAUAG